UGCACAUUCCUGCACCCACUCAAGAAAUGCUAAAGUAGAUUCUUAAAUUGUACCUGGAAACCUGAAUUUCUAUUCUGUUGCAGGAGUUCUGGGAACUCUGGUCUCCUGUCUGUGACUUUCUGUGAUUCCUCAUUGCAUUUUCAGUAUCUCAGAUGGUUGGUUUGAGUGUGGGUAUGGUGUUUGGUGCAUACUGAAUGAAGUCUUAGCCCACAGACCUUUGGUGAAUAUGGGUCUGGGAGAGGGAACCACGGAUCCUAAGGUCAGAGUUUCCUAGCCUGAUGACAAGGAUGAAAAGAGGGGCCUGAAGGUUUGCAGAGCAAAAGAAACUGAGUAUUUUCUUAGAUGUGCCCUGGGUGACAUUCAUUCAUGAGGCCUAUCUAGGUCCUGGGUAUACACUAGUGAACAAAACAAAAAUACCUGCCUUCAUAAAUUUUAUGUUCUAGUGGGUGUGAUAGGCAAUGAAAAAAUAUAUAAGUAAAAUAUAUAGCAUGUUGGUGAUAUGAGCUGAGGAGAAAAACAAAGCAGGAAGGGGGAUAGAAAUUCUUUCACACCAAGUGCAGAAGAUAGGAAGUUCUGGGAAGUGAUGUGAUGUCAUCACUUGCUUUAACAUGGGAAAGAAUGAGACUGCCAGGCUCCCAGGGACGUCACGACUAGCUCUGUGACGCAUCGUCAGGGAGUUCCGUAGAGAUCACGGGCUCUUUUAUGACGUCAGCAGCCGGGCCCAGAUAACAGAGGAGGUUAGAUCCCGCCGGGGGGCCCGCCGGCUGCACGCAGGGUCCGUGAGGUCUCCGCGGCGCACAUUGGCUGAAGGAGGGCCGAGAGCCUUGGCAGCUGCGGCGGCGACUUUGGUGUCCGUGACAGGGUGCCCCGGGGUCAGGAUGCGGCGGAGCCCCCGCCCGGGCUCGGCGGCGUCCCCGCAUAAGCGCACGCCCAACUUCUACAGCGACAACAGCAACAGCUCAGUGAGCGUCACCUCGGGGGACAGCAGCGGGCACCGGUCAGCUGGGCCGGGGCCCGGGGAGCCCGAGGGCAGAAGAGCCCGGGGCUCGAGCUGCGGUGAGCCCGUCUUGAGCGCAGGAGUGCCCGGAGGAACCACAUGCGCUGGAAGCCCUCGGCAGAAGCCUGCGCCUCGGAGCCACAAAGGGCCGACCGCCUGUGGCGCGGCAACCGUGAGGGGCGGGGCCUCGGAACCGGCUGGCUCUCCCGUAGUCUCUGAGGAGCAGUUCGACCUUCUCCCGACCCUGGAUCUGAGGCAGGAGAUGCCUCCACCGCGCGUGUCCAAGAGCUUCUUGAGCCUGCUGCUUCGGGUGCUGAGCGUGUUGUUGUCCCUGGUAGGAGACGUGCUGGUCAUUGUGUACAGGGAGGUCUGUUCCAUCCGCUUCCUGCUUACGGCCCUGUCACUGCUGAGCCUCUUUCUGGCAGGUGAGGGGGUGGCGAAUCCCCUGGGGCCCCCGCCCUGGAUGUUUUGGAGCCAAACCCGGCACAUUUUCUCCUGUAUCCCUCAGCACCCUGAGCACCUCCAACAGCUCACGGCCCCCUUCAGAGCCCCCUCAAGGCUUUUCUCUCCUCACUGUCCCUUUAUGCCAAGGAAACCCUCUCCCUUGGCUCCCCCUGAGACUACCCCUCUUUCCCCAGCACUCUGGUGGGGGCUGCUGUAUCUGGUCCCUCCUUUGGAGAAUGAACCUAAGGAGAUGCUGACUCUAAGCGAGUACCACGAGCGCGUGCGCUCCCAGGGGCAGCAGCUGCAGCAGCUCCAGGCCCAGCUCGAUAAACUACACAAGGAGGUGUCCAGCGUUCGCGCAGCCAACAGCGAGAGAGUGGCCAAGCUCGUAUUCCAGAGGUUGAAUGAAGACUUUGUGAGGAAACCUGACUAUGCGCUGAGCUCUGUGGGGGCCUCCAUCGACCUAGAGAAGACAUCACACGACUAUGAGGAUGCGAACACUGCCUACUUCUGGAAUCGCUUCAGCUUCUGGAACUACGCUCGGCCGCCAACAGUUAUCCUGGAGCCAGAUGUGUUCCCUGGGAAUUGCUGGGCUUUUGAGGGCGACCAGGGUCAGGUGGUAAUCCGGCUACCGGGUCGCGUGCAACUGAGCGACAUCACCCUGCAGCACCCACCGCCCAGUGUGGCACACACCGGAGGAGCCAACAGCGCCCCCCGCGACUUCGCAGUCUAUGGCCUCCAGGUUGAUGAUGAGACUGAAGUUUUCUUGGGGAAAUUCACCUUCGAUGUGGAGAAAUCAGAGAUUCAGACUUUCCACCUACAGAAUGACCCCCCAACUGCCUUUCCCAAGGUGAAGAUCCAGAUUCUAAGCAACUGGGGCCACCCCCGUUUCACAUGCUUGUAUCGAGUCCGAGCCCAUGGCAUGCGAACUUCAGAGGGAGCAGGGGAGAGUGCCACGGGGGAACCCUAUUAAACGUGCUGAUUGUUGGAGUAGAGUGCAGGUCUGUGCUGAAAGAAGCUGGAAUCAUACUGAGGUGUUUCUUGGGGGAAAUCUGGUUGCCUUUGGCCUAUUAGUUGGGGGAGUCUACUUUCCAAUGCGCCCUCUUAUUGGAGAAGUUCAGAUCAAUACAGUAGCAGCAGCUCAUGUUUAUGGAGUGCUUACCACAUGCAAGAGAUGGUGCUCUGGAUAUUUUACACAUCGUCUAACUAAUCCUCACAACCGUGGAAGGGGAAACCACUCGGGUCAGGGAAUGCUCAAGAACAUACAGUUAGUGAGGAACAGUGGCACAGGAUUCAAAUCUACCUUCCCCCAGAGGCCACCCUCUUUAACUCAGAGCUGCCAGUCAGCCUGAAGCCAUGUUUGUACAGCUCAAUUCCUACCCCCAACCUCUGGGAAAGUCCCCUCAACUCCUGCCAGGUGCAGGUGGAGAGGUUAACUACUUUUUUUAGGUUAACACUCAAAAACUAAGGAGACCUGAGAACCUCUAGGAAGCAUCUGAGAGUAGAUGCAGGCUUGGUACCCCUACUCAGGUUGUCUUUACUGCUAGGCACAGGCAGUCUAGUGUUCAAUCUGUCCCUGCCCUCAGGGAGCCCGGUAGGGAAGAAUGCUCCAGGAAACAGGACAAUUCAUUUAUUGAUUCAAGAAUUCUUUAUACUAGGAGUCCAAUCAGAAUUGGAAGAAUAAAAGAUGGGAGGAGACAGUCUUCAAAAGAUUAAUGAGUUAUGCCUGACUAGAUUAAAAAAGGGGGACCAGCAUGAGCAAAGGAACAUGCAACACCUUGGUUGUUAGGAUCCUUCCCAGUGUGUUCAUGUUUUGGAAGAAUAUACACACAGACUAUGAACACUGGUUACACCUCUAGGUGUAAUGCAUGUGGAAUGCAUGCAAGUGGAAUGCAUGAGUAUGUGUGAGGGUGAAGCACAUAUCCAUUUGUUUAACGUUUAUUUUUUGAGACAGAGAGAGACAGAGCAUGAACAGGGGAGGGGCAGAGAGAGAGGGAGACACAGAAUCUGAAGCAGGCUCCAGGCUCUGAGCUGUCAGCACAGAGCCCGACGUGGGGCUCGAACUCAAUGGACCGCGAGAUCAUGACCUGAGCCGAAGUCGGCUGCUUAACCGACUGAGCCACCCAGGCACCCCAUAUAUCCAUUUGUUUAAAUUUUCAGGGUAUUAAAAAUUUUAUUUGAGAGAGAGGGAGACAGCACACUUGGGAGGGGCAGAGGGAGAAGGAGAGGGAGUGAGAGAGGGAGAGAGGGAGAGAGAGAGAGAGAGAGGCAGGGGAGAGAAAGGGAGAGAGAGAGAAUUCCAGGCAGGCUCCACAUGGUCAGCCUGAAGCCCCACAUGGGGUGAACUCAUGAACCGUGAGAUCACCACCUGAGCCUAAAUCAAGAGUCAGCGGCCCUCAGGGUAUUUGUUACUUUUGUAAUUUAAAUUACUCUGAGUGCUCUCAAAGCCUAAGGUUAGAAAUAUGGACUAAUACAGCUUUUCUGGAGCGCAUUUUGACAAUAGGAACCAAAAGCCUUAAAAAUUUUUUUUUUAAUUUUUUUUUAACGUUUAUUUAUUUUUGAGACAGAGAGAGACAGAGCAUGAACAGGGGAGGGGCAGAGAGAGAGGGAGACACAGAAUCUGAAACAGGCUCCAGGCUCUGAGCUGUCAGCACAGAGCCCGACGUGGGACUUGAACUCACGGACCGUGAGAUCAUGACCUGAGCCGAAGUCCGACGGUUAACCGACCAAGCCACCCAGGCGCCCCUUAAAUUUUUUCAUAUGCUUUAAUCACCAUAAUUCCAUUUCUAAGAAUGGAGCCAAAGGAUACAUCAAUGUAAUUGAAGAUAAUACUUUUCAGGAUAUUUAUCACACUGUUGUUUAUAAAGACAAAACCAAACAGUAUGUAAGAAGAUAAAUUAUGCUACAAAAAUAAUAUGAAGCCAACAGAAAUGUUAGUAUUUAAGGGAAUGUGUAAUGUCAUGGAAAGUUAUUAAUGAUAGAUAUAUGGAUAAUUUCCUAAAAAGCAAGCUAGACUGGUAUACAGUUAAUUUCCAUAUCAAAAGAGUUCUACAGAUUAACAGAUACUACGCAUGAAAAGGCAAUAACUUGGGAGGAAGUAUUUUCAACAUGGAUGAGAAUAAGGGCUAGAACAACAGCAAAAACCUAUAAACAGGCUAUUCAGAAGAAAUAUAACCAUAAAUACAUGAAUGACAUCUAGCCUUCAAAAUUAAAUAGAUCCAAGCUAAAAAUGACAAUUUUUUUUUUGCCUGUCAGAUUAACAGAAAAGGGGUAAAAAAAUUAAAAAAAGAAAAAAAACCUGUUAUGGAGAGCAUUUUACAAUAUCUAUUAAAAUUUUAAAUAUUCUUAUCCUUUGAUCUAGCAUUUCUACUUCCAGGAACCAAUCCUUCAGAAAUAUUGCUGCACAGAUAACUGUACAAGGAUAUUCAUUACAGCACUUUGUAGCAGAACAAAAUCGGAUGGGACCCAAAUCUCAAUAAUGGACUGGCUAAAAAAGCUACAAUACGCUCAUACACAGAAUACAUAGGCAUUAAAAAGAAUAAGGUCACCAAAAGUUCUAAUGGGCAAGACACCCAAUAUAACAAAAACAAGGUACAAAGAGUAUGUAUAAUAUCCUACUUAGAAAAAAAAUGUCAGACUUAGGAAACACAUGAACCUUCACCUCUCAUUAUCUAUUUUUAUAUUUCAAAUAAUUUUGUAGUAACUAGCAUACAUUUUAAAGCAUGUUAAAAUAGUAUACAUAAUAUGAUCCCAUUUUUGUAAAAUAAAAAACAUGUAUACAUUAUAAAUCUGCAUUAUGGACUAAAAAAUCUGUACCAAAUACUUUAUUGGCACAUUGGAGUUUAGAUGAUAAUAUUUUUUGUGUAUUUUUUCUCUUACAAUGAAUACACAUAUUAAUUUUCUAGUAAGAAAAAAAUAGCUGUUAAAAAUUUCAGGCUUGUGGCCUAUCUUUAGGAUUAGAACCACCACUGCUCUCUCCUGCAGGAAGUCUAGCAUGAUCCAUGCACCAUCAUAAAACUCCUCCCUCCCCUCGCACUUUCCACCUUGUCUUCGUUCCCAGCUCAGCUCUGUCCUAAGGCAGUGCAGGCUGGGUGUUUGGCUUACACUUGAUCCUUGUAUUUUUUAAAAACAGAGUCAGUGUCUCUACACAUCUAGCCAGGAAUAUCCAAUUUCUUUGAUUGGGGCUAUGCUGUCAGAGGUAUCCUUCAUUCAACAACUCCUAAGGUGGACAAACUGAGGCUCAGGAGAAAUAAACAUGGUUAAGAGCAGAUUUCCACUUAAAAACACAGAGUGGUGCCAAAGCAGUGAUCUUCAUUGAUUUUUAUUGAAUAAAGGACUCCAGGGGCAAGCAGGAGAGAUCAAAAGCAACAAUAGCAGGAACAAAUAUAAAAAUAUAAAAUGUAAAGUGCAAGCACUGGGGAAUGUGUGCAGGGUUGAGUUGUGUCCUUGGGGGACACAAGGCUGAGGACUAGCCACAGCCUACCCCCUAAAGGAAUCUAGGUCUGAGCGGCCUGUGCAGGGCCCUUGGCUGGGGGUGGAAGUGGCUUGAAUGGGGCCCAACCUUGGGCCUUGAAGUAGGAGACCAGUUGUAUAGGUACCUCUGCGAGCACAGUCUGUGCCAGUGCCUCCCGAGGGGCCUGCCAGGAGAAGAAGGGCAAAGUCAGUGGUGGC